AUGGGCUGUGUUGUAUCCUGUGGUCAGAACUUUUUCGAGUCGCUGAAUCCCUUUGAAGUAUACCAAAACCGGGACGACUUGGAAGCUUAUCUUUACAACCAGUCGCUUGAAAUCGAGCCCAGGGAUUGUGAGAAGCCUCCCAAUCUGAAUCCUCUUCGAAAGUAUUCCCUUAAGUCGCCUGGAAUUAAACUUCAAAAAUCCUCAGUUUCUCAUCUGAAGAAGCAUUUCGCUACUCCACCGACUCCUUUGUUCACACCACUAACGGCUUACGGGUAA